ACAUAAGCCUAACAGGGGCAAGAACUUGAAGAAGGCGGUCGACCUCCCCUUUCGUCCUCUAAGCUUGGUGGGUUCCAUUCGUGCAGUUUCUUCGUUCCGGGUCGUGUCACAGUAAAUAUCUGGAGGAUGCCGUCUUGUCAAUGGUUGGCGCGUUCGUUGCCUACGCCUUGGCCUCGUGUCACAAUGGAUUCAAUUUUCCGUCAAGCGCUUCUUUUCUCUGCGCUUUUCUUGGCGUUUGGAGGAGACAAAGCGUUAGCGCAAGGUUCGAAUGUCACUUGCCUCCCCGGCUUUGAUUGGGCGUUGAAUAGUGCUAAAGAAACCCCAUGUAAGGUUGCGUCAGAACUCCAAGCAGUGUGUGUUGGAGGAGGGGGUGUGCCCCCCCUCCCGCCGGGAGGGCACUAUAUUGGUCCGGUAAACGGUGAUGAUAGAAAUAGUCCAAACUAUUGCAUUUGCACCUCCAUUGUGUACGGGCUAGUGUCGGCGUGUGCGGCGUGCCAGAACGGGACAUUUAUAUCGUAUCCGGCUUGGACGGUUGACUGCACCAACAUCUCGACUGUGGAGGGCAUGUAUAGACCGUCGUUGAUUCCUUCCGGUACUCUUGUGCCCCGCUGGGCUUAUCUCAAGCCUUCCAGCUACGGUGGACUAUUCAACAUAGAAAUUGCGAAGCAGAUCGGCGAUCGACCUGAAAGUUCGCAGAUGUUCUCAUCGAGCACGACAUCAUCCGGCGCUAUCACGACAGACUCUACCCCCACAACCUCCAAAAAUUCCAUCACCACCCCAUCUACCACAAACACAUAUCCAAGCACCACCACGACCAUCAUGACAACGACAACGACUCGAUCUGGGGGUGGAGGCGGAAGCUCGAACACCGGCCCAAUUGUCGGAGGCGCGGUUGGGGGUGUGGUUGGUCUCGGCCUCGUUGCAGUCCUUGCAGCGUGGGUCCUUAAGAGGUGGUCAGGCAAGCCUCCUAGUCAAAAACUUGCACUGUCAGGUCCCUCAUUGAACAAUGGCUCCACGCGACCCCUAAGUAUGGCUGCCGCUCGACAACCUGCGUCCCAGGAACCGUACUUUAUGUCGCCGACUAACGAACUCCCCCGAUAUAAUAUCCAGUAUCACGGAUAUAGUGGCGCCCCUGAACCAUAGUUUCCAGCUUUCCAUCUCAGGCUGAAAGCCCUUCCCCUUGUGCAACAAACGCCCCGCAUUUCCUAUUCUAUCAUCUUCGAACCUCUUUAACCUGGUUUAUUAUUUGCACUAUUCUGUUGGAGGUGCCACUGUUGGAUACUCAAUUUAUAUAACACAUUUCUGCGUUCUAUGCACAAAUUUUUCAUGUACUCAUAUUUUGCCUCUCGGAUUUUGACAAAUUGGUUUCAUCACUCCCAGAUACACUUUGGUACCUUCAUUAUUUAUAUGCUUCCAGCUUCAC